UCGCUAAAGGCCCAACCCGAUCCGAAUGAGACGUCAUCUGGAUCCUCAUCAAUCACUGACAAUGCUUGCGCAUAGUUGCUAGUGGCGCGACUAAUCAUGAAAACGAGUAGUGCUAAUUCUAGGGGUGCAAUGGGGAUUUUUAUGAAGGAUGCAUUAAUUUUGAUAAUACGUAUUUCUAGAACAAACUGGUCGGCGAUGAGGUAAACACUUGAUUAAUCGGGAUGCCAUUUGGUUCAAGAGUGGGAUACAAAUAGGAACUGUUGUGCGUCUAGUAGUUCCUAGUCGAGCACUUCUGUCGGCGGAAUGGCUCGGUCACAUUGACAGUUCACGCGUAGAGCUAGUGUGAAAGGCAGUUGUAUGUACCUGGAAGUCAUGUAUUCAGCAAAACUGAUGUCUUCUACGUCUUUUGGUCUCUGUGCUGGCGUGAAGUACCGACGUGUAGCAAAGUCUGUGGAAGUCACUUCGACACUCGUUUUUUCGCGUUCUGUGUCCCAGUGGAUUACGGAGUAUGGACAACAGAAACAUUCUCCCAAACGUCAUGCGUUCUGGAGGAAUCUUCCGCUGAGUGCCAUGUCCCGUGCUAUAAGGCAUGCUAGCACGACUGUUGUUCGAGCUGCGGCACAGUCCACCCUGGACCCCAGUGAGGCCAAGAAGUUCCAGCUGCUUGCCAACAAGUGGUGGGACGUGCAGGGUGAAUUUGCCCCCCUCCACUCCAUGAACGAUCUCAGAGUCCCCUUCAUACGGUGCGUGCUUGUGGAUAAUCUGCUGAAUGUACAUAGCAGCCGGCAGUUGGGCAGACCCCUUUCUGGGAUCCGGAUACUGGACGUGGGCUGUGGAGGUGGACUGCUUACCGAGCCCCUGGGUAGGCUGGGGGCAGACGUGCUGGGGAUCGACCCUGUGGAGGACAGCAUUCGGACGGCAGAGCUUCACGGGUCGUUUGAUCCGGCCCUGAUGGAGCGGGUUCAGUACCGGGCGUGCACUCUGGAGGAGCUGUCUGAGGCGGAGGCCGAGGGCUUCGACGCUGUCGUGGCGUCCGAGGUGGUGGAACACCUGGCUGACUUGGACACCUUUGCCUGUUGCUGUCACCAAGUGCUGAAGCCAGGAGGGUCCCUCUUCAUCACCACCAUCAACAAGACCAAUCUUUCAUACGCGCUGGGCAUCGUGGCAGCCGAGAGGAUCCUCCGCAUCGUGCCUGCGGGGACGCACGACUGGGAGAAAUUCAUCAGCCCUGUGGACCUGGAGCGCCUGCUGGAGUCUAGUGGCCUCUUUGUGGAGUCGGUCCGCGGCAUGCUGUACAACCCAGUGACUGGAUCGUGGAGCUGGACCGAGAGCACUGCCAUCAACUACGCCCUCCAUGCGGUGAAGCAGAGAGAGGAACCCCCGCCUGACUGCGCCCAGUCGCCUGCCGCCGAGGCCCACGCGGGCGAGCCAGACCCCGGGGCCGGAGGGGCCCCUGGAGUAGGGGCCGGGCACCACUGAGAUCCCGGUCUUCUGCUGUGAAGAGACGGACGCUUCAGCUGCUGCCCACACAGCGCCUGGACAACACCGAGAGCAGAGAGCUGGGGUCUGUCUGCACUCUGCUGUCUCUGAUGACUGGAAGGAAAUGAUGUGGAGGAAGUGCUUGAGACACAGUUUGGGCAGUGUUGCUAAAGUAGGGAGGGAUAAGAUGGAUUGGUACCCAAUAUUGGUCCCUGUAUAAUCCAUGGACUGGAAAUGGCAGAUUUAUGAUGUUGUCUUCAUUUUCCCUUUCAAAGCCACAGCAAUACUACAGGUGCUGUUGGACUUUUACUGCACUACAUCGUGUGUGCAGGACUGUGGAGGUCCAUCUGCCUGAUGGCCGGAGUCACUAUCACGGCCUCAGAGGGAUUGCUGGCCAUGCUGUCAUGGCCCACCUCUGUCGGUUUGCUUUUGUUCAUGAGCUAACCGUGCUGAUGGUUUAUACCAUGCAGUUUGGUAGUACCUGUGUGCAUAACUCCUUUCUGGCAGCAGCAAUUCAAGGAAUUUGUCAGGAAACGGAUGAAAAAUACCAGGAGUGAUCCCAGUCCACUUAAGAGAGCUGUACUUGGCUAUGGCUAUGUGACAAUGUGAUUCAUUUACAUUUCAGUUUCAAUAAAACUUGACUAUAAUUGUUA